AGCUAUUUCAAGUGAGUCUAAAUUGCCGGCAGGUCUCUGUACAGUUACCUUAAGCUAUUCAUACAUGGAUUAAGCUUUCUUUUAUUAAUUAAUUAUUUCUUUAAUAAUUUUAUUUGUGCAAUUAUGGAUACAUUUAAAGUUGAGAACCAAUUAACAAUUGUGAAUCGAUCAACAGAACGUCGUAUUAGUAAAAAUUUGAUUCGUAAAAUACCUUAUUUUGAAAUGAUGUUGAGCCAUGAUUUAUUGGAGUCAAGAGAAAACAAAGUUGAACUGGAUUUUGAUGAACAAGCUUUGCAAUCGAUUCUCAAUUGGAUUGAAUUUGGUGAUAUCUCCAUCUCGAUGGAUUAUGUAAUUAAUCUGUGUAACCUAGUCGAUUAUUUUGGAAUUCAAGAUUAUUCUAUAGAUGAUUGUGUAACUUACUUUCAUGAUAAGUUUACCAUUGAGUAUCUUCCCGUUGUUUUAUCUCAAGUGACUUCCUCAUCUAAGUUGAUCAAUUCUGAUGUUCUUAAUGCUUUCAUCUGUCGUUAUUUUUCGAAAAUAGCAAACUCAACUGUUUGGUUAAAUUAUCCUCUUGAAACAAUUGAGUACAUUUGUAUGCUUGAACUGAUGGUGCAUUCAGAGAUGCAAGUUUUCGAUGCAAUCAUGAGAUGGACCAAUUUCAAGUUUGAUUCUAGAAAAUGUUACCUCGCAAGAUUGUUAAAGCUGGUCCGAUGGCACCAUAUGGAAGAUAAAGACUUAUCAAAAAUCCAGAAAAAUGAGCUGUUUGAAUCCAAUCCAAAGUAUUAUUCAGAUGACAAAGGAAAUUGUGACCGUAACUGCAAUCGGACUGAACAGGAAUAUUUUGUUAUGAUUGAAGAAUAUAGAUCGAAAAUUACUUAUAUUCGUAUCAUAGUACUUGCCAAUAAUUUACAGCCGCUGCUUAAUCGAAUGCUCAAAUUGGAUGAAUCGCUACCUGAACACAUUAUACACGAUGAACAUAUUUCUGAUAUACAUUAUGUGCUGUCUGAUUCAGGAAAUAAAAUCAUUCGAAUUGAUUGGAAACAUAAUAAAUAUCGUUGGCUUGAUUUCUCGGCCUACUCUAAUAAACUUCUUAAAUGUAUUUCAAUAGAUUCGACUGACGGAGAGAGCUUCAUGGUAAAAGUGCCAUUCAAUCAAAACUUCAAAUAUAGACGUACACUUCUAGAAGCUAAAGACGAGUUUAUUCUGGUCAGUAAAGACGAACAUUCAUUCCGUUAUUGGUCCAAACCAACUGCUGAUAAAGUCAAGAAUUCCGAUCCUAUUUCUGGAUAUUCUUACAUUGCUCACAAGGAAACUGUUUUGGAUAACAAAAUUUAUGUGUUAACAACAGAUCUUGAAUUUAUCCAACUCGACAUUGAUCGAAAUUGUGAGUUUAAGAUGAUUGGGCUGCAGAUAUUCAAUGAAGGAUUGCGUUUUAGGAAUUUACAAUUAACAUCAAAGCAAGCUAAUGAUGAUCGGGUCAUUUUGAUUGAUGAAACUCAAAAGAAAUUCUAUUGUUUCAAUGUCAACACUCAACAAUGGAGUUCAAUUGGACAAAUAAUAGAAGCGCAAUCCUGCAAUUUUCCUGGUGACCGAAAGAGAACAAAGCUGGAAAGUUUCACCUCAGCUUUCUUACCAGUUGACAUCAUCGACUUAGCUUAAAACGUAAAUUAAACUCAAGCGUUCGCUUUCAUGUGGAAUAACCAUUCAUAUGACGAUUCAUUCACGUUCAAUUGCUAAAACAUACUGAUUGCCUCAAAUGGCUGGUUUACAGCUUCUCUACUCUUUGGUCUCAGCCCUUUCUGAAAAAUUUUCAUUGAAAACAGUGUUUAAUCAAGUCGUCUUUUACUCUCUCCUUGUUAGUUUAGUGCAUAAGUUUUAUUUUUUGCCCCGAAUUCAAAUUGUGUGUCAAAUAUGGGUUCAUUAGAAACUGAUGACCAACUUAUAAUAGCAAAACAGAACACCAUAUUAGUAAAAAACUGAUUCGUAAAGUGCCUUAUUUUGAAAAGCUGUUGAGCCACGAUCUAUUGGAAUCAAAGGAAAACAAAGUUAACCUGGAUUUCGACGAAAACGCUUGAUGAAAGGUUGGAUGAUAAAAUUUCGAGUAGCUGUGCUGUCCGAUAAUAUCUUCAUCCUUACAAAUAAGCUUGAGUUUGGCAAGUUCAAUGGUUGCCACAAACAUUGGAAGAAGAUUGAGCUUCCAAAAUUGGAUAAUGGAUAUGAAUUUAAAUACGAAAGUUUGUUUUUAUCUGCAAGUGUGAGUCAUACUGACCAAGUUUUUUUUGAUCGAUGAAUCCUCGAAAAAAGCCUUUUGUUUCAAUAUUACUAAUCAAGAAUGGAGUUUAAUUGGUCAUUUGAUAUUUGCGGUGUUAAUGAUGACAAGUCGAAUCAAAUUUAUAGUCGAGACGAAUCUAAUUACUUGAUCACUUUGACUCCAGAUUUUCUAACAGUAGACAUGAUCAAUACUUGCUCGAAUCAAAACCUUGACUCAAUUCAUCAAUGAUUUUUUGACAAAAUUAUCCUGAAUUGAUUAUUGUCCACAACAAAACAAUGAUAAGCACAUUAAAAAUAAACCAGUUCAAAUUUAAAACUUGAUUAA